UGUCGUAUCAACGAAGGGAACGAGGAGGAGUUGAUCAUAGGGGAGUCCGACUUCCUACUGCCUCAAGAGCGAACAUUGGUGGUGAAAUGAAUGAAGAGGAGGCAUCGCGCCUAUGCGCUUAACGACGAGGAGCGUGGCAUGCUGGAUGUGGACAAGAUACCUAUGAUCCGCAUCCACACCGUGCCACACAAGCCUUGGAACAUGAGAAGGGCGCGAUACCCCAAUCCUGACGAGGAAAGGAAGGUGGUGGAUUACCUCGACGACAAAAUACAUACGCACGUCGCCGACUAUUCCAGUGGACCGUAUGCGUCCCUGUGGUUUUGCUUCAUUAAGCCUAACGGGACGCUGCGAUGGGUGCAAGAUCUGCAGAGGUUAAAUGCGGUGACCGUGCGAGAUGCUGGAAGACUGCCAAAUGCGGAUGCUUUGUCGGAGUCCUGUGCUGGAAGGCCUAUAAUUUCACUUGUAGACCUUUACUCAGGAUACGAUCAGUUUCCCGUCUACCCGCCGGAUAGGCCUGUGACGGCUAUGCAACCGCCACGAGGAUUAAUCCACAUGAACGUGGCCCCUCAAGGUUGGACCAACGCGGUAGCUAUGGUCCAACGGGCCAUGAUUCGGGUUAUGCAGUCAGUCAACCCCCAUAUUAUACAGCCAUACAUCGACGAUUUUGCGAUGAAGGGGCCGACAGUAAAGGAGAGCGACGAAGUCUCGCCAGGGGUAAGGCGCUUUGUUUGGGAGCACAUCCAGGACCUUGAAAAAGUCUUAAGCCUGCUCGAGGAGCAUAACCUCACGGCAAGCGGGGCCAAAUCCAGACACUGUAUGAGGGAAGCGUUUAUUUUGGGGUUCAUCUGCAGCGAGAAGGGCCGAAGGCCGGAUGUGAAGAAGACGGACAAGAUUACUGAGUGGCCAGUUCCGUUCCACUCAAUAACUGAUGUCAGGAGCUUCCUUGGAAAUGUGGACGAAGUGUCCGAGAGCCAGGACGACGAGUUCGAGGAGGGAGAGAUUAAGGAGGGUUUUCGUGCAGAGGAGUACGACGGGAUCUACCUAGAGCUAGGACUUCUUUUGUCCUGCGAAAUGCGGCUAAGGGAUGCGAGCGAUAGGACUCAGAGGAUGCUGCAGCGCUACUUAGAUCUGGAAGUCAACCUGUCAUUUGAAGAGUUGCUCGAUAUUCGGGCGCGGCAGAUAGGGGCGAUAGAAGAAAGGAUCCAGGAAGCGUCUGACCAGGUGGCGAGAAGCCGUAUGGAUGAUAAAGCUCGAUGGGAUCAAUCUGCGCGGGUGAGGAAAGUAUCCUUGGCAGUUGGGGAUGUCGUGCUUCUCUACGAUUCAUCACUGGAGAAGCAAUGGUCCAGGAAGCUCGAUAAGAGGUGGUUAGGUCCCUACCGGAUUGUACGGGUCCGAGACUUCGGAGCGUAUCAGAUUGAGGAGCUUAAUGUGACUGAAUGGAAGGAUUGGGUAUCUGGAACGCGACUGAAGAAGUUUGUGGCGAAAGAAGAGAGGGACCCUGAGCCUAGGGAGGCGAGACCGUCUCGAGGAGGACAAAAGGCCCUAGCCAGGAGAGAAGAGGAGCCGGAGCAGGAGCCAGAGGUUGAGGAGCAAGGGGCAUACCCUGAGCGUAGGUUGGGACCAGUGGAGUUCCAUCGUUUUACUGAGGGUGGAUUGAGGAGGUCGCCAGCACACACACAGAAGGAGCCGCUAGUGUCUGAGGGGCCUUUGAGGGAGUUGGAGACGCAUCUGGAUAUCUCUCAGUGGAGAGCGUCGCCUCAGGGUGAGGAGCAUGGAGAGCAGGUAGAGGAGGUGCCACGGGAGGAGGUCCAGGAUACUCAGCGCGAGAGAGGGCUGGGCGAUGUGGGGAGACGUGCAGGGAAGGAAGCGAUAGAGGUUGGAAAGGACAUGCCCCCACAGACGCCAGCAGUGGGUUUGAGACUCGGGGAUGCACCAGGGAGCACCCGGCACGCAGAGGAGAGGUUGCAGAGAGAGGAGGUCCCAUUACCUUCAUCAGGAAAGGCUCCUUCGCCAGAAGAUAGGACAGAAAGGAGGAGAGAGAGGGCAGCUGUAAGGAGAGAAGCCUUGAUCCUGAUUCACAGACACCUAGCAGCUCAUGCCCUGGAGCACCCAGACCUGGAGGAGCCAGCACCUGCAGAGCCUCGCCAGAAGCCGUACCAGCCCGAGAAGAAGAUGGAAGCAGAGAUCCCAAAGAGGGUCGACCUCCGCACGAGGGAAAGAGCGCCAGCUGGAGAGACAGCAGAGGAGAAGAGGGCGAGAAGGACCAGGAGGAUAGACGAGAUAUGGCAAGAGAGGCAGAGGUUGGAGGCAGCGGGGGAGCUUCCGGAGCAGCAGCAGGAGAGGCAGAGAUCAGAGGCAGCAGGGGCACUCCCAGGUCAGCCACCCAGCGCGCCAGCUAGGGCCCCGCAGAUCCCUGAGAUGUGGAGGGACUUCUGGGAGCAGAGAGGAGAGGAGCUUCCAUCGCCAGUCAGAGCUGGGUUUGGGGUGGCCAAGAAGGCGGAAGAGAGGUUAGAUCGUAAAAUCAAGUUCCUGGCCAAGACCACUUUUGACCGACACUUGUUAUUGGAGAGCGAUCUGGCAGGGAAAAAGAUGAAGGAAGCAAGCCAUGGAGUACGCCUGGAGGCUAUGGAGGUGGAAAUCCAGGAACUCAUGGCAUUGGUGGCCAGCUAGGCAGCUAUCAUUGAGAGCCUGAGGCAGCAAACCCAGGGAAAGGUGGACAAGCCAGAGAGCAGCAGGCAGGGAGAGUAGAGGCAGCCAGGACAU